GAGUAGAGGGCCGGGCGCAUGCGCACAGGGCUACACCUCCCGACAGGCGUCGGGAGUGGCGGCCCAGUGCCUUGUGGGAGUUGUAGUUCUGCAGGCGCAGAAGCCGCGGCGCUCGGCCGGCAGAGCACUCGGUUUCCCAGAGGGCUGAGCGCGCCGCACGGACGUGCGGCGGCGACCAAGAUGGAGAUGGCCGUGCAUCCUUGAGCCGGUAGGUUUGUGCUGAGGGAGGACGGGCCACGGUGGCCGGCCGAGCCUCCGGAAGGUCACGGAGCGCAGCUUUAACACUUGAGCUCGGAGGCCCCGCUGUGCUCGCCGACCCCCGUACCUUGCGACCGGGCCCUUUGCACCCACCAGCAUCCUCUUGAGGCCCGGACCCGGGCCUGUCCAGCCCGACUUCGCACCGAGAGCCAACUUGGCACUGAGAGUUCGUUUUUUCCCUGGCGGGGAGGUCUUGCUGGCACAUAGAGUGGAGAAAGGCCGGGCUCUGCAUUCAUGUGGAGAAAGAGACGGCUUCCUUCAGCCUCCGGACAUGAAGGAGUCAACUCUGCCCUUCCACUCAUUGCCGGAUCUCGCCGAGAACCCCGAGAACGGACUCCCGGAGUCCCUGUCUUGCAGCCCGAUCCCCGCUCCCCCUCGGAGUGCCCCGCUGACCAGGCUGCUUCUGGCCCCGGCGGCGUUCUGCUGCAGAGGACGGGAGUGCGAAUCUGGGAAGCAGGGGUCUGGUUGGAACUCCAGCUUCGUCUGCAACAUACUGUGUGACUUGGACAAAUUAUGUCCCCCGCCCCGUUCCUGCCAGUUUUAAAACGGUCAUCAGUGUGGGGGGUACUGGGUAUCGCCUUUCCCUGGGGUGGCUUCUUCACUGAGGAGAGUCAGGCCUCAGAGGAAUUGAGUUGAGCAGCUGAACAGCGGCAAUGCUGGGGCACUCCCAGGCCUGAGACGACCACACCUGUGCCACUGAGGACCUUCAUCAGGGCUCCGUUCACCUGGCCCACUUGGCUGUCCGGUCACUCUCCAGUGUCAACCACUGGCACCCAGCAGCCAAGAGAGGUGUGGCGUGGCCCUGGGGACCCAUGGCUGAUGCAGGGACAGGUGAGCCGUCCCCCAGCGUGGAGGGCGAGCAUGGGACGGAGUACGACACGCUGCCUUCCGACACAGUCUCCCUCAGUGACUCGGACUCUGACCUCAGCUUGCCCGGUGGUGCCGAAGUGGAAGCACUGUCCCCGAUAGGGCUGCCUGGGGAGGAGGAUUCGGGUCCUGAUGAACCACCCUCACCCCCGUCAGGCCUCCUCCCGGCCACGGUGCAGCCAUUCCAUCUGAGAGGCAUGAGCUCCACCUUCUCCCAGCGCAGCCGUGACAUCUUUGACUGCCUGGAGGGAGCGGCCAGGAGGGCUCCAUCCUCUGUGGCCCACAGGAGCAUGAGUGACAAUGGAGGCUUUAAGCAGCCCCUAGCGCCCUCAGGCCGGUCUCCAGUGGAAGGCCUGGGCAGGGUCCAUCGGAGCCCUGCCUCCCCAAGGGUGCCUCCGGUCCCUGACUACGUGGCACACCCCGAGCGCUGGACCAAGUACAGCCUAGAAGAUGUGACCGAGGUCAGCGAGCAGAGCAAUCAGGCCGCCGCCCUGGCCUUCCUGGGCCCCCAGAGCCUGGCUGCCCCCACUGACUGCGUGUCCUCCUUCAACCAGGACCCCUCCAGCUGUGGGGAGGGGAGGGUCGUCUUCACCAAACCAGUCCGAGGGGUCGAGGCCAGACAUGAGAGGAAGAGGGUCCUGGGGAAGGUGGGAGAGCCGGGCAGGGGUGGCCUUGGGAACCCUGCCACAGACAGGGGCGAGGGCCCUGUGGAGCUGGCCCAUCUGGCCGGGCCCGGGAGCCCAGAGGCCGAGGAGUGGGGCAGCCCCCAUGGGGGCCUGCAGGAGGUGGAGGCACUGUCAGGGCCUGUCCACAGUGGGUCUGUGCCAGGUCUCCCGCCGGUGGAGACUGUUGGCUUCCAUGGCAGCAGGAAGCGGAGUCGAGACCACUUCCGGAACAAGGGCAGCAGCCCUGAGGACCCAGGUGCUGAGGUCUGAGAGGGAGAUGGCCCAGCCUGACCACACUGGCCACUGCCAUCCUGCUGCCUUCCUAGUGGGGCUGGUCAAGGGGCAGCCUGGCCACUGCCCAGCUGGAGUGGGAGGAAGCCUGCAGGCUGCCUGUAGGUGGCACUGGAGGCCCUGGCUGCAGCUCUAGGCGGCGUCCUCCCGAGCAGAGACCUGCUGAGGCUCUUGGGGUGUGGGGUGUGGGCUGGAAGCACUGGCUUCCUGGUGGGGACAAUAAAGGUUUUGGGUCUUUCUCAGA